AGUUUCCCAGUUUGUGCGGGCCUCACUUUCUCUCUCAUUCUUUUUUCUCUUUCUAGGUAAGUGGCUGGAUCGAUUAGUUUUACAAUUUGGCUUCGUCCAUUGUGAUGCGGUGCGAGGGCCAACGCUGAGGACGAGCCAUUAGCUGCUGCUUCUGCUAAACCCAACUCUUUCUCUCUCUGGUGCGCGCUAUCCCCGUCUCUCUCUUGAUCUGGUCCUCAUGGAUCGCACCAUCUUCAAUUUCCAGGGUUUCAAUAAAUGGGAUUGUUCUUGUUCUUCGUUUCAUUUCCGUUCUAUCCGUGAUGCUGCUUUAUAUUUUCUUUCCUUCUGGUGAUUUUGUUUGUAGAGGCCCCUGUUUUCCGCUUUUGAAGUCGUGUUCACUGUUGUCUCUAAUUUGAUUUCCCCUUCUGUCGAAUUAGAUUGAUUGGUUUCUCGGGGCUGGGGCGUUCACCUAGGGAAAUUAUUUCUCCUUUGUGAUUGGGGCUUGUAUAAUACCUCUUCUCUUCCUUUCCUUGCUAUCCCAAGUAUGGAUUAUGCUCCUGCAAUUCGUUGAGGAAUUCGACAGUAGGGGUUGUGCAUCUUCUGCGUGAAGAACAAUGGACUUGCUUUCUCGCUCCAAGUGGGUGGGCCCAAAAGGACAUGGUUGGAAGCAGUGAGAAACGAUAUGGCGACUUAUAGCCUCAUCAAGGGUAUGGCCCAUGUAGCUGACCCCAAAUAGUUGGGAAAAGGCUGUGAUGCUGCUGCUGCUGUUGGAUAUUGGACUAUUUUUCCUAUUUAUGGAUAAACUGUCUUAUUUCCGUAUAAAAGAGCUCAAAGAUGUUCUCACUCAGCUGGGCCUUGCAAAGCAAGGCAAGAAACAGGAGCUUGUUGAUAGAAUUUUGGGAAUGCUAUCUGAUGAGCAAGGUUCUAGGUCUCAAGGUUGGGGCAAAAAACCCUCUAUUGGGAAGGAAGCAAUUGCCAAAAUAAUUGAUGACACUUACAGGAAAAUGCAAGGCCAUGGUGCAGUUGAUCUUGCAUCAAAGGGUCAAAACGGCACUAGUUUGCAUGUUGUGAAGCCUAAAGAAGAAGAAGAUGAUGGUACACCGUUAAAUAUGAAUAUUAGGUGCCCAUGUGGAAGCUCGUUGGUAACUGAUUCGAUGAUCAAGGAGUGUAAAAGGAAACAGCCUGGACUGCCCAGCUUUGCAAAGUGCCAGGAUUCUAAGUGCCACAUUUGGCAACAUUUGGGUUGCGUCAUUAUUCCUGAAAAACCUGAGGAGGGUAUGCAACCAGAAGUGCCAGCUCAGUUUUAUUGUGAAUUAUGUCGAAUCAACCGAGCAGAUCCUUUCUGGGUGACGAUGGGACAUCCUUUAUACCCGGUGAGGCUAAUAAUUGCAAAUCCUUCGACUGACGGGACAAGUCCGGUACAGAGUUUGGAGAAAACUUUUACACUGACUAGAACAGAUAGAGAGCUACUGCAGAAACCAGGUUGUGAUCUUCAGGUAUGGAGCAUUCUUCUUAAUGAUAAGGUACCAUUUAGGAUGCAGUGGCCCCAGUAUACUGAUCUACAGAUUAAUGGUGUUCCUGUACGAACAACAAACAGACCAGGUGGGCAAUUAUUGGGAAUAAAUGGUCGUGACGAUGGUCCAGCAAUUACGUCAUGCAGCAAGGAGGGGACAAAUCGGGUUACUCUUUCGGCUUGUGAUGCACGCCCAUUCUGUUUAGGGGUCAGAAUUGUAAGACGGAGAACUGUAAACCAGGUUCUCAACUUGGUGCCAAAGGAAUCCGAUGGUGAGCGAUUUGAGGAUGCUCUUGCUCGUGUUUGUCGUUGCAUUGGGGGUGGGACUGCCACUGAAAAUGCUGAUCAGAGUGACAGCGAUUUGGAAGUUGUAGCGGAGUCUGUCACCGUUAAUCUUCGGUGUCCUAUGAGUGGAUCUAGGAUGAAGGUUGCUGGCAGGUUCAAGCCUUGUGUGCACAUGGCCUGUUUCGAUCUGGAUACCUUUGUGGAGCUCAAUCAACGUUCUAGGAAGUGGCAAUGUCCUAUUUGUCUUAAGAACUAUUCUUUGGAAAACGUUAUCAUUGAUCCAUAUUUCAACCGUAUCACGACUAUGAUGAGGGACUGUGGAGAGGAUGUAACUGAGAUUGAAGUAAAGCCUGAUGGUUCUUGGCGUGCAAAGAAUGAAGGUGAACUGAAGAGUUUGGGGCAAUGGCACUUCCCAUAUGGUUCUCCCUAUGCAGCUGCGAAUGGAGACACAAGACACCACCAAGAACCACUGAAAUCGGUUAAGCAGGAGGUUGAUUCUGAAACCCGUACAGGCUUAAAACUGAAACUGGGGAAGAGGAAUCGCGAUGGACACUGGGAAUUGAGAAGACCCGAUGAAUUGCCCCCACUAUCUUCUUCAAAUAAUGUGCAUGAGAAACCUGAAUCACGAUUGCAGAAAGUGAUCCCUAUCCCUAUGACUAGCAGUGCCACAGGCAGCAACAGAGAUGGCGAAGAUCCAAGCGUCAACCAAGAUGGUGGAGGAAAUUUUGAUUUCUCUAUGAACAAUGGAAUUGAUAUUGACCCCAUUUCUCCCAACUUUGACCCCACAUCAUGUGGAGGUGGCGUUACUAGCAAAGUUGUAUCGUCCAUGCCGGUGACAGGAGGGGAUAUCAUAGUUCUUAGUGAUUCUGAUGAUGAUGACCUCAGACCAUCAUCAGGUGUGCCCUUAAUGUUCCCUGAAACAGCUUAUGGUUCAGGUGCAGCUGAUGCCAGUGCCAUCCCCUUUACCAUUCCACCUCCUGGUGGGCUAGGUGAAACAUCAUUUCCUGAUGAUCGAGCACUUGGUCUCUUUAAUAACAGCAACAAUGAUGAUUUCGGGAUGCCCAACCUAUGGACAAAUCCAAUGCCUCCCUGCCCUCCUGCUUCGUCGAAUUUCCGUUUGUUUGGUAGCGAACCAGAUGUCUCUGUGGAUCCAUUGCUGGUGGAUGUCCAUCAAACUUCAGUUGUUGCCCUGAACAUGCCUAUGAAUGGGUAUAAUACCUUAGGUUCGGACCCUCAAGGGGUGGCCAAUGAUCCCUCAAGCACCAUGAUGAACAACUGUUUGGACGAUAACCCCUUGGCAUUUGGUGCUGAUGAUCCAUCAUUGCAGCUUUUCCUUCCUUCUCAACCUGCGGGUGCUGUGUCUGAUAGUCCGUCCAACUACAGGGACCGAGGGGAUAUGUCAAAUGGUGUGCACACAGAGGACUGGAUAUCUCUUAGCCUUGGUGGAAGUGGCAGUCAUAUGAAGCCUGGGCCCACAACUUCUAGGCACUCUAAACACCAGUUUGCACCUGAAGAGGGUGGAAUGGAGACACUGGCAAAUACUGCUUCCUUGCUUCUGAGAAUGAGUGAUGAAAGAGUUGAGAACCCAACGCCCGAUCAGCCAGGGUCUGAAAGCCCUUUCUCGUUCCAUCGGCCAUCACGGUCCUCUCGUAGUCGGCAAUGUCUCUCAAUUGAUACUGAUUCUGAAUAGUGAAUCUGACAGUAAUUUAACUCUUUGAGUUUUUCAAGCUUUGUGGAGGCCAGCCCACCCUUCCCUACUCUUAAAAUGAUUCAGUUGCGGCCUUUGCAUAUGGAAGGGUGGUGUUCUGCAUCAAUUCUGUCAAUUAUUUUGCGAUGAAGAUAUUUUCAAGGAUAGAGAGUUCUCAGAUCAACGUGGUGUACACAGCCCAUGAGAGGAGUGAAAAAUGUCCGGUUAUGUGGUGCACUGUACAGUAAUCCACGGGAAGUGGAGAUGUAUAUGAUAGAGUGAGAAGUUGAGCUAAUGCAAGUGAAGUAGUAGCAUUGUGGCCCUUGUAAUAUAUUUCUUUUUUUCUCUUGUUCUUUUAUUUUUGGUUGUAGUAGUGUGUAUUUAAAUGGAGUAAAGAGCAAAUCUCGCCAUCAAUGGGAGAUGAUCGGGUGGCCUCUGUUGUUAAAUGCAGUGUCAAAUAUUUGGGCUUGCAUUUUUUGGGAUCAGUAUGCAAAUUAUCCCAACAGCUUGCCCCUCAAAUCCCCCAUUUAAUCCAAACUUACCUUUGCAAACAUCAUUUAAAAACAUAAGAAGUCACUUUCGGGAAGAA